UGUGUAACAGGGUGCUGCCAAGGAGAAACAAGCCAGGCCCUUGUUAGCACGAUUCCAGAGGAAGAAGGGUAUUAGUUGGGCGGGCGGAGGGGCCACACCCUAAUUACCAGAGUGGAUCCAGUUGCAGGCCUGAGUAGCCAGCCUGCCUUAUACAGCUGGCUAAGAGCUGGGAAGCAGGGGGAGACAGGAAAGGGAGGAGUGUGGGUGCGAGAUCUCUGCUGGCUGGGAAGUUAGUAGUCGCCCAGAGUGUUGAUCACUGUAAAUAAUUGGUGGUGAGAACAGACACAAACAAUAAAAGGACAUGGGUGUUGUUCUUCAGUUCGUCUUUGACAGCAUUUGUGGAGGGGUUGAGAGCAGGCACUGCUACAGUGUGUCUGACUAGUUGUGCGUCUGUCUCAGUGUCGCUUUCUUUCUUUCUGCCGCCUCCUCAUAACACACUCUCCUUCCUCUGGUCAGUGUUUGUCUCUUUUCGGUAUCUCUUCUCUUUCCUCUGCACCCUCCUCUCCAGGUACUGCCCUUGAACCUCUCACUCCUUGCUCCACACACACCCCUCACCCAGCACAGGAUGGACCCCCUGCCUCUGCUCCUCUACCUGUGCGCAGUGCUGGCACCGAGCCAUGGAUUCAGCGUGGACGUGGAGGGACCCAUCACCUUCCAGGAGGCUGCAGCGGGAUUCGGGCAGAGCGUGGUGCAGUUCGGGAGUGCCAGCGCUGCGGGGCUGCUCGUCGGGGCCCCGCUGCAGACGGGAGACGUGAAUGAAACCGGCAAAGUCUACAAGUGCGACCCGGGCUCCAGACGCUGCGAGGAGAUCCCCAUCCAGAGGCCCUCUGAUGCUGUGAAGAUGUCCCUUGGUUUGUCUCUGGCUGCCCGGGACUCCCAGAUCCUGGUGUGCGGCCCCACGGUGCACCAGGCCUGCGGGGAGAACAUGUACAUCAAAGGCUACUGCUUCCUCCUGGACCAGAGCCUCCGGCAGCUCCGGCGCAUCCCAGACAGUCUGCCAGAGUGUCCCAAACGCCCCACAGACAUCGUGUUCCUUAUCGACGGCUCAGGCAGCAUUGGUGACCAUGACUUUGGAACAAUGAAGACGUUUGUCAUCGAGGUCAUAAGGCAUUUCCGUGGCACCGACACGCUGUUUGCCCUCGCACAGUUCUCCAGCAGUUUCCAGGAGCACUUUGACUUCAACAAGUUCAAGAGCACCCACGACAUAGAUUCACUCGUCCGUCAAGUUAGACAGCUCAGACAAAAUACCUACACACCCACUGCCAUCCGGAAAGUGGUGAGGGAGCUGUUCGUCUCAUGGAAAGGAUCCCGGGAUGCAGCUACCAAGAUUCUCAUAGUGGUAACAGACGGUAGGAAAAAUGACAACAUUCAAUACUCAGACGUGAUUCCAGAGGCAGAGAGAGAGGGUAUCAUCCGCUAUGCCAUCGGGGUUGGCCGGGCCUUCUCCCUGCAUAGUGCCCAGCGAGAGCUCCAUGAGAUCGCCUCUGAUCCUACCGAUGAGCACGUCUUCCGGGUGAAUGACUUCGAUGCCCUCCGGGGCAUCCAGAACCAGCUGCAGGAGAAGAUUUUUGCCAUUGAAGGCACCCAGUCCCAGAGCGGCAGCUCCUUCCAGCUGGAGAUGUCUCAGGAUGGAUUCAGCUCCCUGCUGUCCCCUGACGGACCUGUGCUGGGAGCGGUGGGAGCCUAUGACUGGGCCGGUGGGGUAUACCUGCAAGAUUCCAAGCGUGGAGGAUGGCGGGAGGAAACCGAGGUGCUGGGAGAACAGGGGACGAUGCAAAAGAUCUGCACCGAGAUACUGCAGGGGCAGACGGGGCAGGCGUUCGGGCGCUUUGGGGCCAGCAUGUCUGAAAUCGGGGACAUCAGCGGGGACAGACAGAUGGACGUGGCCAUCGGGGCUCCCAUGGAGAAUGACAAUCGCGGGGCCUUGUACAUCUUCCAUGGGGGAAAUAGAGGCCUCAGUCCCCAGUACAGACAGCGCAUAGAGGGGUCACAGUUCCCCAGCGGGCUGCACUACUUUGGCCAGGCCGUUAGUGGCGGGACAGACCUGACGUGGGAUGGGCUGCCAGACAUCGCAGUGGGGGCACAAGGGCAGGUCCUGCUGCUGAGGUCCCGGCCUGUGCUCAAAGUCAAGGUCUCCAUGAGCUUCCAGCCCCCAACCAUCCCCACCUCAGCCUUCGAAUGCCAGGGGCAGGAGCAGCUCAACACGGAGGCCAGCAGAGCAGAGGUCUGCUUCACCAUCACUAAGAGCACCAUGGACAGCCUAGGCGACAGGAUCUCCAGCACCAUCCAAUACAGCCUGGCCCUGGACCCCGGGUGGACGAAGAUCCGAGCUGCCUUCGACUCCACCGGCCCCGUCCUGAGCAAGGACCUGCGGCUCGGCAUUGAGAAGAAAUGUGAGACGUAUCAGAUAACGUUACCUCUCUGCCCAGAGGACACCGUGACCCCCAUCACCCUGCGCCUCAACUACACCCUGAUGGGGGACCCCAUCGCUGCCGCCAACCGCCUCAGACCCAUCCUGAGCGAGGACUCUGAGCUGGUUUCUGCAGGUUCGCUCCCGUUUCAGAAGGAUUGCGGCACAGAUGGCCGCUGCAAUGACCAGUUAGAAAUCUCCUUCAAUUUCUCUGGCUUGAGCACCCUGGUGGUGGGGGUCACCCCCGAACUCAACACCACCGUCUCCAUCCAGAGCCGUGGGGAGAAUUCCUACAGCACCAGGGUGCAGUUCUUCUACCCGGCCACGCUGUCCUAUCGCCGGGUCCUGCUACUCCAAGUACCCCAACGUGGGGCAGGCUCGGCAGGGGGCGCUGUGCUGCAGGGAGCUGAGCGUCUGGCUGAGCCGGCCAAGCCUGUGUGGUGUGUUCUGGGCGCAGGCUCACAGCACCCAGGACGGCGGCUAUUCCAGCGUCCGCGCCAGCCCGAGGCUGUUCAUACAACAGUCCCCCUGAUCCCCUGUGCCUGCCCCGCCCCCGCAGUCUCUGGCAGUUCCCCAGGCCCUGACUCUCACCCCCGCUGUUUUUUCCAGGCCGUCUUCGUUGCCACCUUCGACGUCUCCUCUGAGGCCGACCUGGGAGACAGGCUGCAGAUCACGGCCAAGGCCGGCAGUGACAAUGGCGGCCCCAUCACCGAGCGCAUGAUUCACCGGGCGGAGCUGCCAGUCAAGUACGGCAUCUUCAUCAUCCUCACCAGCCUCGAGGAGUCGACCAAGUACAUCAACUUCUCCAAGGAGGAAGGGACAAGUGUGCUAGUGACACAUCGGUACGAGGUCAAGAACCUGCGGCAGAGAAGCGUCCCCAUCUCGGUCACGUUCCAGUUCCCCGUGGAGCUGAGUGGGGUCCGGGUGUGGGACGCCUCUGAGGUCGUCCCCUCCAAGCCCCAGCUGGCUCAGUGCACCAGUGAGGUGGGAACGCCUGGUUCAAAGGACUUUGUGAAGCAGAUGAGUGAGCGCCCCCUGCUGGACUGCUCCGUGGCCACCUGUAAGAAGAUCCGGUGCAGAAUCGCCUCCCUGGAAAUGCAGCAGCCGCUGGAGUUCAUGAUCAAAGGGAACGUCAGCUUCCAGUGGGUCUCCCAGACUCAGCAGCAGAAAGUGAGUCUGGUGAGCGAGGCCCGGAUUGAAUACGAGGAGAAGAAAUACACCCAGAAGGAGGGAUUCGUCCAGCGCCAGGUGCAGACGGUGGUGGAGCGCUCCGAGGUCUAUAACUACCUGCCCAUCAUAGUGGGCAGCAGCGUGGGGGGCCUGGUCCUGCUGGCUCUCAUCACCACAGCCCUCUACAAGUUUGGCUUCUUCAAGCACCAGUACAAGCAGACGAUGGAGGAUCAUGUGGAGGGUGAGGAGCCUGUCCCGACCCAGAGCGCUGCCCCUGGAAACCCCCCUGUUUCCGAUGCCCCCAAACAAUAGCCCCCCAUGUGCCAACACCCCCGGCUUUGCUUCUCUCUGGGCUGCUCCAGAUUCACCCCGCCCCCUUAUGUUGCCACCUCCAAGAUGCAGAAAGACUGUCCAUCCUCACACCAACAAAACACGUCCUAGUGCCAACUGGAGCCAAUCGUUACUCAGAUUAGACUUGGCCGGAUUCUAUUAAUCUUUUUAUAAUUCUGAUGGAGAAUUAUCCAACGUAAUUAUCCUGAAAGCAGCCCUAGUGACACUGUUAUUACCACAAGCUUUAUACACAUUUAAGUUGGACUCUAAGUUCUCCUGCAACAAUUUUUGUUCGUUGUCUGGAGGCAUGUUUUGAUUAUCAAUGGAAAUAUUGUAUCGCUGGUUUUUGUGGGUGUGCGGUGAAACUGGUGUUUGCUGACAGUUACCCUCUGCCCACCCUCCCCAUCUAAUUCACUAUUCCUGAAGUGAGAAAGGAAGUAUUCGCUCAACGCUGAGGAAGCGGGCCUGGCCUAUAUGAUUUGGUCAGGAAGGCUGCUGAAGGCAUGUGGUGAGACUCUUUGGUUGAAUCUGAUACAGUUUGUUAAGUCAGGCACUAGUAAACAUUUCAUCUUUUAUUUUCUUUGUAACUAAUCCUGACUUUUAUGCUUCAUUUCUUGGACUCCCUUAAAAUCUUUGAAGUUAAUAAACUUG